AUGGGAUCUUGCUACAGUUCCACCUCUGGCCAGAAGCGCUCAUACGCUGGUGGCGGCCAGCCGCAGAGCAGUGCUACCAAUGCUUAUGUGUUUGGCAGCACGGGCGCUGGCACAGGGAGCACCAACUGCUGGGGCGGCAGUGGGGACUUUGGGGGAGGGGGCGAUGGUGGCGGAGGCGGAGGGGACUAA